AUGUACGUCGUGCAAAGCUAUGCUACUGAAUUCUUCUCGAUAUUCAGUACUAUCAGUCCUGGUCUCGUCAUCCUGCCUUUGCUCGUCGUCCUCGGUAUCACCGCCUUGAAGGACGGGUACGAGGAUAUCAAGCGCCACCAAUCGGACCGACGCGUCAAUUACACCGAGGUCCGUGUACUCUCCGGCGGUGGUUGGUCAAAUCCCAAUGCCUCGGCUGGGAAGGAGAAGACGUUCGUACGCGGGAUCCUACCCAGGUCUCGGAGAAACAGGAAGGUCAAGCAGGGUGGUGAGGCGCAGAACGCGGACACUGAGAAUCUGGAGAACGCUGCUCCCUCAGAGGCCAUCCAGGCGCAGACGCAGACCACCGAUAUGAACGAGCCGGAUGUCGAGUACGACGACGACGAGUCCGUUCGCACGGGGGAGACAGGCCAUAGUCACCAUCUGUUCGGCCAUCAUCAUUCCAACCGCCCUCAUUGGCGGAACACAAUAUGGGAGGACGUCCGCGUUGGUGAUAUCGUGAAGCUGAAGGGCGAUGAGUCGUUCCCGGCGGACAUCCUCAUUUGCGCGACCUCGGACGAGGAGAAUGUCUGCUACGUCGAGACGAAGAACCUCGACGGUGAGACGAACCUCAAGUCCAGGAAUGCCGUUCCGGCGCUCACCCAUAUGCGCACGGCUCAGGCGUGUGUAAGCAAGGAGAAUGCGUUCCACGUCGAGUGCGAUAGGCCGGACGUGAACAUGUAUAAGUUCAACGCUGCGGUCGCCACCAAACAAGGUAAAUUCCCGGUGGACAUGCAGAACGUGCUCCUGCGAGGGACGGUCCUGAGGAACACUGAAUGGGUCGUUGGCAUCGUUCUUUUCACCGGCACGGACACGAAAAUCGUGCUGAACUCGGGUGGGGCGCCCAGUAAGCGGAGCAAGGUCGAGCGUCAAAUGAACCCUCAGGUCUUCAUCAACCUCAUCAUCCUCGCCGUUAUGGCUGUUGUGUGCGGUAUAGUCGAUGCGGUUCUAGAGCAGAGGUACUACCCCCUGAAUGCUCCCUGGCUGUACGGUGACACCCAGCCGGAUGACAACCCUCGCAUCAAUGGCUUGGUUACCUGGGCGUUUGCUCUCAUCACGUUCCAGAACAUUGUCCCCAUUUCUCUGUAUAUCUCCAUAGAGUUCGUCCGGACGUGCCAGGCGAUCUUCAUUUACUUCGACAAGGAGAUAUAUUAUGAGAAGACCAAGACUCCUACUCUGGCAAGGAGCUGGAACUUGUCGGAUGAUUUGGGCCAAAUCGAGUACAUUUUCUCUGACAAGACUGGUACCCUGACUCAGAAUGCCAUGGUGUUCCGGCAGUGCUCCGUCAAUGGGAAGGUGUACAAGGGCGAUGAGUCCUCCGAGGAAGACAAGGAUUCGAUCACGCGCGUUAAAUCGGUUGCAGACAAUUACAACAACGGUCGCCUUGCGAGUCCCACUUCCGAAGGAUCAGGGACAAAGCAGGACGGCCAGGAUGACCACUCCGUGCCCUCGACUCUUGACGCAAAGGGCGUGAAGCUGUCUUCGCAGGUUCUGACCCAUUUCCAGGAUUCAGUGCUCAAGCAGGACCUAGACCAAGCCAUCCACGCAGCCCCCGACUCCGAGAGUGCCCCGCUCGCCCGCUCUUUGAACGGCUUCUUCUCAGUCCUUGCGCUCUGUCAUACUGUGCUCACUGCCGAAGACCAGGAGACUGGUGCUAUCGAGUACAAGGCGCAAUCCCCGGAUGAAGCCGCACUGGUGCAAGCUGCCGCGGACAUCGGGUUCGUCUUCCGUGGACGUGACCGGGAAAUUCUACGCUUGCAAACUCCGUUUUCCGACCACGUUGAGAAAUACGAGUUGCUGAACAUCUUGGAUUUCACCAGUGCAAGGAAGAGGAUGAGCGUUGUCGUGCGGAAGCUCGACGAUGAGGACCAAAGGGUGUUCCUGCUUACCAAGGGUGCUGAUAACGUUAUCUUUGAGAGGCUCAAGCCUGGUAACGACGACCUGAAGAAGACGACGGAGCAGCAUCUUGAUCAGUUUGCGAGUGAGGGUCUGCGGACGUUGACGCUGGCGUAUAAGGUCAUCUCUGAUGAGGAGUACGAGCCCUGGGCUCGUAGAUACCAAGAAGCGACUGUUGCCAUGGAGGACAGAGAGGGCGCCAUCGAGGCCGUCUGCGAGGAGCUCGAAUAUGACCUUCGUCUUCUUGGAGCUACUGCUAUCGAGGAUCGUCUCCAAGAUGGUGUGCCGGAGACCAUUGCAGAUCUCAAGCGAGCCGGUAUUAAAGUCUGGGUUGCCACCGGUGACAAGCUGGAGACCGCCAUCGCCAUCGGUUACAGCACGAACUUAAUUGCCCGCGAUUCAAAUAUCAUCAUUGUCCGCGGAGGCGACAAGUCUGUUUAUCAGCAGAUGUUGAAUGCCUUCGAGCAGUUCUUCCCCGAGCACGAUAUUCUCGACGAUGAACACAUGGUGAACUACACCUGCUCGCCGUCCCGGGACGGGAUGUAUCCUCUUCAGCGCGUUAAUACUGGAGUGUCUUCUCUUGUCGGACAUGACAAUGGCCAACGUCCUGGUGGGUUCGUCCUGGUAGUAGAUGGAGCAGCCCUUCUCCAGGCCUUUGCGGAUGUCGAGCACAAGACAAUGCUGUUGAAACUUGCCAUGCAAUGCGAGGGUGUUAUCUGCUGUCGUGUUUCGCCGCUGCAGAAGGCUCUCGUUGUCAGGCUUGUGAAGGAUGGCCUGGGUGCCAUGACAUUGGCUAUAGGCGACGGUGCAAACGAUGUCAGCAUGAUCCAGGCGGCCGACGUUGGCGUUGGUAUUUCUGGCGAAGAAGGUUUGCAGGCCGUCAAUUCUUCGGAUUAUGCGAUUGCGCAGUUCCGAUUCUUGAAGAGACUUCUUUUGGUGCACGGCCACUGGUCAUACGCGCGUAAUGGAAACAUGAUUGUCAACUUCUUCUAUAAGAACCUUCUCUGUAUCGGUGUGCUAUGGUGGUUCCAGAUUUACUGCGCGUGGAGUUCUCAAUACGCCUUCGAAUAUACAUACGUGUUGUGGUGGAACUCGUUCUUCACUAUUGCUCCUGUCAUCGCCAUUGGAUUGUUCGAUCGCAUUGUUGAUGAUCAUGUAUUGAUGGCCCUCCCGGAGUUGUACCACUACGGUCGAGAAGAAUACUGGUUCGGCACCAAAUUAUUCCUCCUUUAUUUGUUGGAUGCUGUGGUCCAGUCGGCAAUCAUAUUCUUCCUCAUACUCUAUGGCUACAACACCACGACUGCACGUGGUGAUGGCUACGAGGUUGCUCAAUAUGAGUUCGCUACGGUAAUGGCGGUAGCAGCUGUCACAACGGCCAAUCUCUUCAACGGUUUGAAUACGGGAGUCUGGACCGGGUGGGUGUUCUUCGCCGUAGCCCUGGGUAUCGUGCUGGUAUGGGCUUACACCGGUAUCUAUUCCAUCAUCUCGCCGGGUUGGUUCUCAGUCCCUGUUUACGGCAACGACCACUACCUUUUCCAUUCCGCCUUGUUCUGGUUCGGCGUCCUCCUCACUGUUCUAUUGUCGCUCGCCCCUCGAUACGUUGCGAAGGCAUACAAGUUUGGCUUUAACCCUGACGACGUGUCGAUAAUGCGUUGGGCACUCAAGAACGAUCCUCAUUUAGACCUUGAAGCUAUUCACCGCUCAUAUGGUCUGGGCAGUAUGCGGCGUCCAGUCUCCCGGGCUUCUAGCAUGUCGAAUCUAUCAGUUCGACCUCCGCCUUCUGUUGAUGCAAGGGGUAGCCGCACGGACAUGUCUACCGGAAUGCGGUCGACACACCGUGGGUUCGACUUCGCCACCGAGGAGCGUGGGGUUGCCAUCCGUCGCAUGCAGAGUAACCUGUCAGAACGUCGACAGAGUCAAGUGUUCUCCUCGAAACGGAAGCGAGCUGGGUCUCUGGUGUCUACAUUACGUCGCGGACUGCGCAAGAAGCCCACGACGCCAACCAAAAAUGAGAAGCCAAGGACACCGCCCCACGAUGAGAAGCCAUAGAUAGUUGCGUCUCCAACUCCCACCCCCCUAGCAUCCACCGUCUACCACUGCAUCCACUACUGUAUCCAUUACCCCUGCCAUUCGUUGUUCUCCAGUCGGUGCUUAUUUAUUUACAGAUCACGAUGCUUAUGAUAAUACAUUGGACUUCCAUCUUGCCUCCAUUUGUUGUAAUAUUACACGUUAUAAAUAGGCAAUAAAUAAUGGACUCGGAUAAAGCACUAGACGGAAUUGACUAUGAACCAGCUGCAGAAGUGUCUUCGAUAUCAAGCUUAGAGUCUAGGCAAUUUCGCAGGUCUGUCCGACGAUUUGGGGUCUGCAGUAUCUUCCAUAGUUCGUUUGAUACCUGUCGAAUCCUGGACCGCAAUCUGCGAUGUGUUGGGACCAUCGUCGUCCUCGGAUUCCGCUUGAAGAUAAUCGGACUCGUCUGUCUCUGGUAACUCCUUAUCGUUCUUCUUUCUCCGUUUGCUCUUCUUUCCAUCGACGCAGCCUUGUUCUUCUACAUGACACACCUCCACUACUGUCUCGGCCCUGAGAAGAACGUCAAUCCAAAGCUUCUGAUUUUCCUGCAGUUUGUCGUCGGGACCCUUGACUUCCACAAACUUGCAAUCGCGUGAUUCUGAGUUCCAGACUAUGAGAUCUGGUACCCCGCCCGCUCUGG